AGUCAAUCAAUACAUUUAUAGCAGGCAAUCUCAAAAUGUAUGACGACCAGAACUCAGAAGGUGGACCCAAAGGGACAUAUGAGACGUACAAAGCGGAAGGUGACAAUUUAUACAAACAGGGAGAAUACAGAAAAGCUAUCGAGAGUUAUAACACGGCCUUGGAACUGAAGCCCACUGACAGAAACUGUUUGGUCUCCAGAUCUAAAUGUUACCUUCAACUUGGGGAGACACAGAAAGCUUAUGAAGAUGCUGAGGCUUCACUGGUGGAUGAUAAAGACUUUCACAAGGGCUUGUUCCAAAAAGCAGAGGCUUUGUACAGCAUGGGUAACUUUGAGAUGGCGCUAGUCUUCUACCACAGAGGUCACAAACUCCGGCCAGAGCUGCAGGAGUUCAGACUUGGCAUACAGAAGGCACAGGAGGCCAUUGAUAACAGUGUGGGAAGUAAGGACCAAAGUAAAUUAACCAAGGAGGGAGAUCUUUCUUUCUUUGCCAAGCAAGAUGAGAAAAAGAGCAAGAAGCCAACGUUUGGCUAUGCCAAGCCUGCGGUGCAGAAACAACAGGCAGCUAAGCGUGAACCCAAGGGGGCAAGUGGCAGCGAGAAGACGGAGAAACAGCUGCUGGGAGAGCUGUACGGAGACAAGCAAUUCCUGGAGAAACUGCUAAAAGAAUAUGACUCCAAUACUCAGAGGGGCAAAGAGAUCAAUAACCUGGUUAUAAACUGUCUGGACUACCUCAGUGAUCGCAGAGAAUUCUGGCGCCAGCAAAAACCCAUCUACGCACGUCAGUCAGAGAAGAGGAAGGUAAUGGGAGGGGCAGUUGGACAGUCCAAGAGCAAUUACAAUCAGUACAUCAUUAAGGAGCUCGAAAAAAUAGAUGAAGCACAAGCCAAUGGCAGGUUUGAGGAGAGUUUACGUAUGUCUAACAAGUGCCUGAAGACGGUGGAAGGUUGGUCUGAUGAUGCAGUUAGCAACAGACAUGAGGUGCUGGCAAAUCUCUACAGUGCUAUGGGGAAUGCCUACCUUGAGAUGGCACAGUUUGAAAAAUCUCUACAAUAUCACCAAAAAGACUUAGAUAUAGCUAAUAAACAUGAUACGGAACAUUUAAAGUCCAGGGCCUUGGACAAUCUUGGCAGAGUGUACGCGCGGUCAGGGAAAUUCCAGGACGCGGUUAAUGUAUGGACAGAAAAAUUACCAAUGAGUAAAUCAGCACUGGAGAGCACGUGGCUGUUCCACGAGAUAGGCCGGUGCUACCUGGAGAUGGGCAAGUUUGAGGAAGCCAAGGAUAAUGGAGAAAAAUCUAUGGCAGCUGCUGAAGAGGCUCAGGAUAAUGUGUGGAAACUAAAUGCCAGUGUGCUGAUAGCUCAGGCUGAAGUAAAAUUGGGAAGUUAUGAAUCUGCACAAGAAGCAUUUGAAAGAUCUCUUGACAUGGCCAAAUUACAAGGUGACACAGCGGCAGAAAAUGCAAUUAAAAAAGCUCUAGAAGAUGUAAAUGCAAAAAUAGUCAAUGGUCUCAAGGGGGAGUCAGAGACAGAACAGACUGAAGAGGCAGCACCUGCUGAACAAAGCCAAGAAGAGGCAGAACCAGCAGCUGAAGACAGUAAACCCACCCCCUCUGAUGCUGAGGCAGCUGAUGAGGAAUACAGCGAGGAUGAGGUGGAGGAGGAGGAGGAAGUUGAGGAGGAGGAAGAAGAAGAUAAUUAAGAAAAAUAGAAUACAUUGAUAGAUUCUGUCUUGCAACAAUAUUUGUACUGCAUUUUUAUACUAACAAACUGCUCACAGGAUUAAUGGUAUCCAAGCCAAGGAAAUGAUGGAUCACCAUGGGAGGCUGCCAUGCAGCCAUUGAUUUGUGAAGAUGCUGAUGGAGAAAAAAAAUUAAUUUUUAAUCCAAUGAUGAGGAUAUCACACUCCAGCGACAGGACCUUUGCAACUUACUAUUGUGUUCUGUAUUCUUGACCUACUGCAUAUUUUAUUUUAUUAUUUUUCCAGUGCAUUAGAUGAUUUUUCUUUCUUCUUAAAUGUGUAAAACUUAUCUCUAACUACUCUCAUGUACUUAACCACUUAUUAUGUUUGUUCCCCUCUUUCAGCAACCUCAACCCACACAGGUGUGCAUUAGCUGAUAAAUCCAUCAAUCCUUUAUUGUUUAUAUUUUCCAGUUUCAAACAUAUUCCUGGUGAUAUUUAUACUUAUCCAUAUUUGUAUCUAUUUCCAAGC